AUGAAUGUUAAUUGGCUUGUAAGAAAGGUAGAUGUGCUGUUCCUUGUGACUUGUGGGUACAUCUAUAUGUCGUUCUUUGUGGAGGAAGGUGAAAAAGAAGACGUUAUAAAUGAUUCUCGAUCAUUAACUUUACAAUCCAAAAUCAAAAAAGAUCUUAGAAUUUCAUUGAUACAGAUAGGAGAGGAUGAAUAUCUUUUCAAUGCAAACGUCUCAGAGGACUUACAUAUCAAUAUGAUCUUGAGUUACAAUAACUAUCUACCCGAAAUUCAAUUCCCAGUUCAUAGUUCCCAACUAUUAACUAUGAUUGGUGUUACUAACCCAACACCACUCCAACAAAAAGUUACCAGAUUACAACAGGAAGUUACUGAAAAGUUUAAGGUUUUGAUGCUUCAACGUAAUAGAGAUUUUGUUUUCAAACAAUCAACCCAAUAUAACACUUAUAAGUCAUUCAGAGAGUUUUCCGGGAAUUUAAUGAUACCAAUUUUUUACAAAAAAUUUCAACAGAACACUUCUUCCACUAAAGUGGAUAGUCAAAGUGAAAAUGAUGAGGAUGUAUCUAGUGAAAGUGAUUUGGAAGAACUGGCUGAUAAUUUUGCGGCAAUGGAAUUUUCGUUACCUAUAAAAAAAGAGUUAGAUAUUGGUGCAAUACCGGAACCAACUGAAAAACAAGAGAAAAAAGCCGAUAUAGAAUAUCCAGAUGUACCUUUCGGUGGGAAAAGUUUAGAAUUCAAAGGAAUAGGUGGUCAUCCAUUUGGGAGAUCCUUAAAUUAG